AUGACAAAGUUUGUUCGCAAGUUGUGCGCAAGGUUUCUAAAGCCAGCAGCACUACAGUAUCGAGAACUGGAUGACAUCCACUACAAGGACCCAGCAAGCCAACCGCCAGGAGAAAAGCUGAAUGUUGGAUUCACAACGCAAGCUAUGCUUAAUCGGCUCCUUGAUGCAGGAGAUUUAACACCUCAACAGGUGCAGAGAUUCCAACAGGCAGCACAGGCUUUUCUGGUGAGAGCAGUGGAAUAUGCACUGGACAAACUACCCCUGAGAGAGGCCCUACUCAAGCACUCAAAAUUUGUUGAUGUCCAGCAAAGGACCGAGUACAGUGUUGAAGAUGCCUUGUACUUUGUCGACAGGUUUGCCGAACUGCUUCCUUAUCAGGGACCCCAAGAGCAUGAUCAGAUCACCGAAGAGUUCCUAGAGUAUCAAUUGAUGGACAUCCCCAUGCCCCAAGACCCAGCCAAUUUCAACAUUGAGGCUUUUUGGGGGAAUAUGUUGUCAAUGAAGAACAGGAUGGAGAAUGAAUUUUCCCAGCUGGUUGACCAUACCAAGCUCACUGACAUUUGUUGGCUCUGGCAUCUCCUGGACCGCUGCGGUCUUGGCUGGGUCUGGUUAUACUCCUCUGUCUGA